UUAUACAGUACACAUAUUUACUAUGUAUCUCUAUGUACCCUCAUAGAUCAAGUGAGUGUUAACCGUUUGAUUUAUGACAUGUGGCAUAAUACUAGAAGAGAUUAAAACAUCAAAAUUAUUAUUUAUUCAAUAAAAAAAAAGAACAUAAUAUUAAAGAAAAAAUAUACAACAACAAUUUCAUGGUCUCCUUCCUCUCAUUAUCUCACCACCGCUGCUCCUCCCUCUUUCUCUCAUCGUCGCCGUCGGUGCCACUGUUCGUGCCUCCUCCCCUUCCCGUCUAUCUUUUGUAACCGCUUCUCCACACACGUUUUCCCUCGCCGCCAUUGUCACGAGCGAUCCUCACCGUCCUGCCGCCGUCCUGCCACCGUCCUUCCACCGUCGUGAAUAACACCUUGAUUUGAGUUUUUAUAAACUGUUUUAAAAAAAUUGGGGUCACUAAAUUUGAUUAAUCUUAUGUAAUGAACAGUGUUUCAUAUUCAAUUUUUGAGAUUUCAAUUAUUGGGUCAAUGAGAGUGGAUGUUAUAGAGAAAAAAGUUUAAGUUUUUAGAAUUUGGGUUUUUGAGAUUUCAGUAACUGGGUCAAUGGGAGUGGAUAUUAUAGUGAAAUUCAAAUAAAUUAAUUUUGUUUUGUUAGUUGUUCUCACUUCGUUGGAAUUUGUCUUCGUCGGGAAGGAGAGGGUCGGCGGCGGCGGAAUGGAGAGAGGUGAGAGUAGCUAUGCAACGAGAGAAACUGUUUUUUGUUUUUUUAAAUAUAUUUUUUCCGGUGGCGGAGAGAAACGACGGCGGUGAGAGAAAGAGGGGGAGACAGAGGUGAGGAGGAAGUUCAUUUGUUGUAUUUGAGGAUGAAGUACAGAGAAAAGCAAUAACCUUUUUAAUUAUUGUAAAAAAAAAAACAAAACCUUUUAAUUACCAACCAUUGGAUUUAAAUUUGGCACAUGUCACACAUCUAUAAAAUGGGUGUAAAGUUGUAUUUGUAACACUAGAUCUGACUUCAUCAAUGAAGCCAUUUUGGUGACUUCACGCUAGAAUUUUCCUUACUAAUAUGCAUGAUGAUGACGAGACAAAGCAAGGUGGCUUUUCUUUUCAUUUCUGUCUCUUUCUAUCUUUCUUUCUUUCUCUCUCAAAAGAAAAGAAAUUGAUUAACGUAUUUGUUGUUUCGUUUGUCGGGAGUUUUAUGUUUUAGUUACGUUGUUGGUUGUUGCAGAAUGAAACAACAAAACCAUUAAUUAAACACAAAACAUUGAAACAUUUUUUCACAUUACAAACAAAGCUCUAUUAACUUCAAUCACAACACUCUCACUUCAUAAUUCUAUUCUACAAUUCUCAUUAUCUCCCACUUUCAUUUGCUUAAUUGUUUAAUUCUUUUUAAAAAAUUUCGUUAAUUGUUAUUAUCAUUAAUUGUGUAAUUGUUGUUGUUGUUGUUAUAUAAUAUUAUCUACAUUUUCUUCCCUAUUCUAUUGAAUUGGGACAAUUUUUGAGAUCUACAAAACGCUGCGUUUUGUUCGUUCUACUAGGGGUUUGUUUGGGUUAUCGGUUUGGAUCCAAUCGUGGAAGUAACAGCGCCAUUGGAUGGCGCUGUUCCGAAGAUUCUUUUACCGGAAACCGCCGGAUCGUCUUCUUGAGAUCUCCGAGAGAGUCUACGUUUUUGAUUGCUGCUUCUCUACGGACGUCUUGGAAGAGGAUGAGUACAAAGUUUAUAUGGGGGGAAUUGUAGCUCAACUACAAGAUUACUUUCCAGAUGCUUCUUUCAUGGUAUUCAAUUUCAGAGAAGGGGAUAAGCGCAGCCAAAUUGCAGACCUUUUAUCUCUGUGUGACAUGACAGUUAUGGAGUACCCUCGGCAAUACGAGGGCUGUCCACUUCUGCCUUUAGAGAUGAUUCAUCACUUCCUUCGAUCAAGUGAAAGCUGGCUGUCUUUGGAGGGGCAACAAAAUGUGCUUUUGAUGCACUGUGAAAGAGGGGGGUGGCCCGUGCUGGCAUUUAUGCUAGCCGGUCUUUUAUUGUACCGAAAACAAUACAGUGGAGAGCUGAAGACUCUUGAAAUGGUCUACAAGCAAGCACCUAGACAACUUCUCCAGCUUUUAUUACCUUUGAACCCACAACCUUCUCAGUUAAGAUAUCUUCAGUAUAUUUCCAGGAGACAUUUGGGUUCUGAGUGGCCUCCAUCAGAAACACCCUUAUAUUUGGAUUGUUUGAUUCUAAGAGUUCUUCCGUUAUUUGAUGAUGGAAAAGGUUGCAGGCCUGUUGUACGUGUUUAUGGUCCGGACCCUUCUAAUCCUGCCAAUAGAAGUUCUAAGCUUCUUUUCUCAACUUCAAACAAUCAAAAACACAUUCGCCACUACCUGCAGGCAGAAUGUAUGCUCGUGAAAAUUGAUAUUCGUUGUCGUGUUCAAGGGGAUGUCGUUCUUGAGUGCAUACAUUUAAGCGAAGAUUUCAUUCGUGAGGAGGUGAUGUUUAGAGUCAUGUUUCAUACAGCGUUUGUACGGUCAAAUAUUUUGGUGCUGGGCCGCGAUGAAAUGGAUAUGUUGUGGGAUACAAAGGAUCAGUUCUCCAAGGAUUUUAAAUCUGAGGUGGUUUUUUUGGAUGCUGAUGCUGUUAUACCUGAUCUAACCACAGUCAAUGUGAGUGAAGAUGAAAAUGAAACAGAAAGCGGUUCACCUGACGAAUUCUAUGAAGUGGAAGAGAUCUUCAGCAAUGUAAUUGAUGCACAGGAUUCUCCAAGGGUUCGUGACAGUGCAGUGCAAGAUGGAAGCCAUAAAGAUAUCUGGAAUGAGUAUUCAGAUCCUCAUACUCUUCAGGAUUCUACGCCAGAUGAUGGGAUUCACCAGCAGGUUGGAACGACGGAUUCUGGUAUUAAUGAAGUGAAAGACAUUACUGUUGAUGAUGUGAAUUACAAGCUCGAUGAGCGUGUAGAUUCAGAUACUCACAUAGUGAAAGAUAUUGCUGUGGAUGAUGGGUACAAUAAGCCAAGUUCCAUUGCAGUCACUUUUGAUAUGAUGGAAACUCCGGAGAGACAGGAAGUCAUUUUGGAUGCGCAUGAGGAGUUGGCAGUUAUGCAAAAAAAGUACGACGAAGAUAACAACACACCACUAAAAGAAUUAGAGCCUGAGGAAGGGCAGCAGAUGCAUGAGCUUGCCCGAUCGAUGUCUGUUGAAAAUAACAAAGAUUCCUAUCUAGAUUCAUUGCAUGUUUCAUAUCCACCGACAAGGCAUAAUAGUUUACCAACUGCUCUGUUAAAUGCUACCGCUGCAAAGGAGAAAAUGACUAAUGCUGAAGAAAGACUUGUUUCUAGUUCUCAUGUCAACGAAGCGGCUGAUUCUAUGGACUUGACAAAUGAUCUGAAAAGUUGUAAUGGGAACAAUUCAAAAUCUUUAGAAAGCAUAGGGGAAAUAGACUCAAACGCCCAACCAUCAUCAAUAAUGCCAAUUACAGAGUCAUCUCAUCAGACAACCACUCAAGCACCACAGUUGAGCACUGAUCAGGUGCCACAACCUCAUCCUCCCCCACCACCCCCACUUCCACGCAGAUCACCAUCUUCUUUGGAUGGUGAAGUGUCUACGUUACCGCAACCGCCGCCACAACCACCACCACCACCACCACCACCACCACCUACUUUGACAUUAUUUGGUAAGAAAAAUGAAGAGAUGGCCAUACAAGCUGCAACUCCUCCUCCUCCACCCGCUCCACCUCCAUUUUCUGGGAAUAAUAGAGGGAGCUCAUUACCUCAUUGGCACCCAGUUUAUUCAUCCAUCGAUGAAAUUGGAGAAAAUAGUGGUGCUUCACCUCCUUCAACUCCUCCUAUAGUAGGAAGUGCAAUUACAUCAAAAGCUUCUAAAUUAAUCGGUGCAGUCUCCCUUCCCCGUCCUCCUCCUCCACCACCACCUCCCCCGCCUUCUUUGUCUUAUAUGGAUAGAACUCCCCUCCUUCCUCCUUCAACACCAUCACUUCACACUCCACCCCCACCACCUUUAAGUAAAUCUCCACCUCCACUACCAUCACCACCACCUCCUCCUCCUCCUCUGCCUGUUGUAUAUAGAGCUUCAACAUCAACACCUUCAUCUUCUUUUACUAGAUCCCCACCACCACCUCCUCCGCCGCCACCUUCUUUAUGUAUAGCUCCAUCAUCUCCACCUUCUAUUGGUAUAGCUACACCACCUCCACCUCUUCCUCCAUCAAGUGAACAACCACCACCACCUCCUUCAAUGUCUAAGGCCCCACCACCCCCACUACCACAUCUUCCUGCAUUAAGUGGAGCACCACCACCACCACCUGCUUCUUCACUAUCUAAAGCCCUACCACCCCCAUCAUUCUAUGGAGCUCUACCAUCACCACCACCACCUCCUUCAAUGUCUAAGGUCCCACCACCCCCACCUCCACCAUCACAUCUUGCAUCAAAUGGAGCACCUCCACCUCCUUCAAUGUCUAAGGCCCCACCACCUCCACCAUCACCACCACCAAAUCUUCCUACAUCAAGUGAAACACCUCCACCACCUCCUUCAAUGUCUAAGGCUCCACCACCCCCACCUCCACCCCCACCAUUCUAUGGAGCUCCACCACCACCACCACCACCAAAUCUUCCUACAUCAAGUGAAGCACCUCCACCACCUCCUUCAAUGUCUAAGGCUCCACCACCCCCACCUCCACCUCCUCCACCACCACCACCACCUAAUUUUCUUGCAUCAAAUGAAGCACUUCCACCACCUCCUUCAGUUUCUAAGGCCCCACCACCCCCACCUACACCAUUCUAUGGAGCUCCACCACCACCAUCAUAUCUUGCAUCAAAUGGAGCACCUCCACCACCACCACCACCUCCUUCAAUGUCUAAUCCCCCACCACCCCCACCUCCACCAUUCUAUGCAGCUCCACCACCACCACCACAAUCAUAUCAUGCAUCAAAAGAAGCACCACCACCACCUCCACCUCCUUCAAUGUCUAAUCCCCCGCCACCACCACCUCCACCAUUCUAUGCAGCUCCACCACCACCUCCUUCAUUGUCUACGGCCCCAACACCCCCACCUCCACCAUUCCAUGGAGCUGCACCACCACCACAUCCACCACCACAUCCUUCAAUGUCUAAUGCCCCACCACCACCACCUCCACCAUUCUAUGCAGCUCCACCACCACCUCCUUCAAUGCCUACGGCCCCAACACCCCCACCUCCACCAUUCUAUGGAGCUGCACCACCACCACAUCCUUCAAUGUCUAAUGCCCCACCACCACCACCUCCACCAUUCUAUGGAGCUCCACCACCACCAUCUCCGAUGCAUGGGGCACGAGCACCACCUCCUCCACCUCCUCCGGGUGGUGGAGGCCCACCUCCUCCUCCACCUCCAGGUUUUGGAGGCCCACCUCCUCCUCCACCUCCAGGUUUUGGAGGCCCACCUCCUCCGCCACUUCCAGGUGGUGGAGGCCCACCUCCUCCGCCACCUCCAGGUGGUCGAGGCCCAGGUCCACCACCUCCUCCUGGAGCGCCUGGUGCUCCUGCACCUCCUGGACUUCCAGGUGGUGCACCUCCACCACCUGGAGGGAGAGGGCGUGGACUUGCACGUCCUACAGGUGCUGGUGCAGCGGCACCUCAACGAAACGCCUUUAAGCCUCUUCAUUGGAGUAAGGUUACAAGGGCAUUGCAAGGAAGUUUAUGGUAUGAAUUACAAAGACAUGGAGAAACUCAAAGUGGACAAGACUUUGACGUUUCAGAGUUAGAGAAGCUUUUCUCAAAUGCUCCAAAACAGACUGGUAAACCUGGAGGGCCGAGCAAACCAGCAGCAACAAAAAAUGAGAAAGUCACCUUGAUUGACCUAAAGAGAGCCAAUAAUACUCUAAUUAUGCUCACAAAGGUUAAGAUGCCACUUCCAGAUAUGAUGGCUGCAGUACUUGCUUUGGAUGACACGGUAUUAGAUGUUGAUCAGGUGGAAAAUCUUGUUAAAUUUUGUCCUACCAAAGAGGAAAUGGAUCUUUUGAAGGGAUAUACUGGUGACAAGGAGAAUUUGGGAAAGUGUGAACAGUUCUUUUUGGAGCUGAUGAAAGUGCCACGAGUGGAGUCGAAAUUAAGAGUAUUCUGUUUCAAGAUUCAAUUUCAGACUCAGAUUACAGAGUUUAAUAGGAGUUUAAACUUGGUGAACUCUGCAUGUGACGAGGUCCGAAAUUCACUCAAACUGAAGGAGAUUAUGAAGAAAAUUCUUUAUUUGGGCAAUACAUUGAAUCAAGGAACAGCAAGGGGAUCUGCUGUUGGGUUCAAGUUGGAUAGCCUUUUAAAGCUCACCGACACUCGUGCUUCUAACAGUAAAAUGACACUGAUGCAUUAUCUUUGCAAGGUCCUAGCUGAAAAGUCUCCUUCACUCCUUGAUUUUCACCAUGACCUAGUUAGCGUAGAGACUGCCUCUAAGAUUCAAUUGAAAGCAUUAGCAGAAGAAAUGCAGGCAAUUACCAAGGGACUAGAAAAAGUAAACCAGGAGCUUGCUGCAUCUGAAAAUGAUGGCCCAGUGUCUGAAGUUUUCCAUAAGACAUUGAAAGGUUUCAUUGAUGAAGCCAAGUCUCAGGUGGAUUCUGUAACACGCCUAUAUUCUGAUGUGGGUAGAAAUGCAGAUGCACUUGCAGUUUAUUUCGGUGAGGAUCCUGCCCGUUGUCCAUUUGAGCAAGUUACUGCAACUCUCUUAAAUUUUAUAAGGUUGUUUCUCAAAGCACAUGAAGAGAAUAUCAAACAAGCAGAAUUAGAGAAGAAGAAAGCUGAGAAAGAGGCUGAAGAGAAGAAGAAAGCUGAGAAAGAGGCUGAAAUGGAGAAGGGUAAAGACAGUAACUUGACAAGGAAUAGUGGAAAAGAUAAAGAAGAAGGAAGCUGAGGAAGAGGCUGAGAUGGAGAAGGCUAAGGACGUUUACCUGACAAGGAAGAGUGCGGAGGAGAUAAUUGGAGACUGGGUUGUCCACUCCUUUUCUCUGACAUCAUUAUCAGCCGGAGAUCAGAGAUCUACCCUCGGGUAUUAACGGGACUGCUUUCGAGAUUGAAUUCAGUAGCCUCACUUUCCAAGAUGGUGGUGUGACAACUAGCCUCUGGAUGUCCCUUAAUGAGGCAGAAUUGCGAGUUCUUGCCAUGUGCUGAUCUUUGUACAUACAAAAGGCUUCGGAGUUGAUUCUUUAAUGGCAUGUUGCAGAAUAUUCAUGGAAAAAUAUUCUGGAAAGGCCAAAUUUUGACCCAGCGUGGAUGCCUGCCGAGAUUGCUUGAGAAUCAAUCUGCAUCUAAUGCAUGCUGCUAUGAAGAUGAUGGAUCCCAUUCUUCAAUUUAAAAAGAAAUUUUGAAGGGAACAUGCCUUCUAUUUCAAUAGAACUGGCUUCAGCUUUCAUCAUUCAUUGGCAUAAUUUUCCGGCACCAGAGCGCAUUCUUUUCGAUUGUACAGCACCGGAGUCCAACAUUAGCACCAUAUAACCUUGUAUAAAGUUCUAAACCCUCCUCUUUUUAGGAUCCAAUUCUUUCUCAUGUAACAUAGAAAUUAAUUUCAUUUUUUACCUAUAGAUAGAGAAUUUUGUAGGAUAGCUAACAAGCAGAUUUUGUAUAGUUAUCAGGUUUAGAAAAGAAUUAGGAAUCAGGUCUCUGUAGUGUAGCUAUAGGUGAACAACAGGUUGAGUUAGAAAUCCUAGCUUACAUUUAUCUUGUGAAAUGCAAUACACAAUGGUGAAGUGUAAAAGCUUCAUGUUUAGUCUAGCAAAUGAAAUAUAGUUUUGAGCAAACAUUUUUGUUGUAGAUAGAUACGUUGCAUAUUCAAAUGUGUAGUGCAGUUAUUUAAUACCUCUUUGAUCGAGUU